AUGGCGCGUGGCUCUACGAAGCCCCGCGAUCUGGACUUUUCCAAUGUGGGAACGCUGGGAAGGCGGACAGGUCUCACCAUGGAGGAGAGACAGCGCGACGAGUAUGGCAUGGAAGAAGUAGACGGACUGUUCUCUUCACCCGAGAAAUCGCCAGCGGAAGAAAAUGGAUUUUCCCACGCGGACGAUACCGCUGGCUCAGAAAUGUCCAUUGAGGAUGACAAUGCGCCGGGACCUAUGGACUUUCUCGGCGCCUCUGAUAACGCGCGCAACAAUUACCGGGCAUCCGGCGCUCAAUCCCCAGCCAAAACCUCUCGGAGGUCGCCCGUCUUGCGCUCCUCCCCGGAUGACCGAGAAGAUCUCGUAGCCUCGAGCCCAUCUGAUGGCAGGCGUUUGUCCUUUGCGCGUGGGGACCCCAUCCCACUGACCAAUCGAUCUGUCAACGCCAGCAUGUUUAACGAUAGGGCGGCUCGACAAAACGAAAAGUCUCGAUCAGCAUCAUCAGAAGCGGCAGAUUUCUCGGACGGCGACGCAGCGGUCGAUGAGAACGGCGACGCCUUUGCUGUCGGACAGGAUGAUUACAGCGACGAAUACGACGAAGGCAACGAGACUCUCAUGCCACCCGCAGAUGAGCCUGCAGAUGGAGACUCAGUCGCGCAGGAUGCGAAUGACGAGGAAGAUGAGAACGCACAAGGAUCAUCACCUGCGCCAGAGGCUACGGCUCGGAGCAAGCCUAGCGCAUCGAAUUCAAGAGCACCCAAGAAGUCCUCCGCAGCCAAAUCAUCCAAGACAACCAAGGCCGCGGCUAAGCCUGCUGGGAAGCGAGGACGUCCCGCAAAGUCUCAGCCCCCCGCAGAGGAUGAAGAAAACACAGAGUCCCGACCAGCUAAGAAGCAAAAGAAGACUACGUCAGAGGCGAGUCGCGCCUCACGGGAGCCAUUAGACCCUGAGCUGGACCGUGUGGUGGAGAAUUACGCCCAGCGAUCUGGUCCCUUGAAAGGUCGCAGUUUGUAUAUUCUCAAGCGUGAAGAUCCCAGCAGCAACGAAACUACUCACACCCGCUCCGGGCGAGUAUCUGUUCGGCCCCUGGCAUACUGGCGCAAUGAGCGAUGCGUAUAUGGUGAUGGGGAGGCUGCUGAAGGACAACGGUACCCUCUUUCCACGAUCAAAGAAGUGAUUCGUACGGAAGAGGUUGCAUCGAAUCGACCGAAGAAGGGUAAGAAAGGCCGGAAGGGCAAGUCCAAGAAACAGAAGGAUGAUUCGUCAGAUGAGGAUGAGAUCGACGAUGAUGCCGACCUCUGGGAAAAGGAAACUGGUGUUUUGCAUGGCUACGUAUCGAAAUGGGACCCGGUGGCGCAAACGAGUACAUCCGAGGAAGAGGUUAUAGAUAUUGCCUAUGCGCCUUCAGGCUUUGAAACAAGAGAAGUCAAGGGUGCCUCAUUUCGAUUUGCCAAGCUUCUCAGCUCCUCCUUCAUUGGUUCCGGUGUGGUCGAACUUCCCCCCGACGGGGUCAAGAAGCCUAAAAAUUCAAAAAGGAUGCAUAUGGUAUUCUAUGUCUGUUAUGGUCGAGUGCAAGUGGACAUUAGCGGUGUUCAGUUCAGUGCUGGCAAGGGAUCCGUCUUUCAAAUUCCACGAGGCAAUUACUACAGUUUCCAAAACUCGCGCAAUAAGAAUGCGCGACUUUUCUUCACACAGUGCUGUCUCCCAGAGGGUAGUGAAGUACCCGUGCAGACAACGGAAACAGAGGCCGCAUCACAACCACCACCUGAAACAAAAACAACGACGGCAAGUGGCCCAUCAAAUGGGGCCGAACUUGAUCCUGAGCCUUCUGAGCCUCCGGCCACCAAACGAGGCCGCCCCAAGGGCAAGCAAAGGGCUAAAUAG